AUGGCUGAUAAGAAUCCUACUCAAAAGAAGAGGAAACAUAAGAGUAGAGCACCUCCUGGUCCUGACCAGGCCCAGAUUAACUGGAAAGAAGAUGAAUUCCAGAACCUCGUUAGAGGACAUAACUUUCGAUCUGAGUGGGGGGCUCGAUAUCCUCCGUCUGGAUCUACUGCACUGGAUGCCCCCCCUGGUUUUAUCACUUUAUACGCUGCUUACUUCCGGGAAGGCAAUUUUAGGUUGCCCAUUACCAAGUUUGUUGCUGACGUUCUGAGAGGUUAUGGUCUUCAUAUUUCUCAGAUAAAUGCUAUUGGGCUCCCCCGGAUUACUCACUUCGAGUUUGUUUGCCGGUCUUAUCGAGUUGAACCGACGUUUCCAAUGUUCAACACUUUUUAUAGUGUUUCGUAUUCCAGUGGGUUCUACUCUUUCCAGGCUAGGAUGGGGGUCGCUCAAGUGUGUUCGGUGCCGAUAAAGGGCAUUCAUGACUGGAAGCAAAAGUUUUUCUACAUCCGUCGCGGUGUGAUUCCGACGGAUAUGUCGUAUAGGCAUGUGGACCAAGGGGUUCCCAGGGUGGAUGUUCUUCCCAACUAUGGUGACCAAGACUGGUUUAAGAAGAUAACUGCGAAGCCGACGGCUAUUUCUCAACUGGAUGAGAUGGCCUUGGUUGGUGCAGGGAUGAGUUUGUUGUGGGUUCCUAAACAUCCGUUGGGUCAGCCUGCGUAUAGCCAUAAGGGCAAAUUUGGUUAUAGUUUGCUGAAUGCCUUGGACCCGAAAUCAGCAGGUGCCAUGGUUGAAGCUAUCCAAGCUGAUGGGAAUCCAACGUGGUUGGAGCAAAUACAUGACCGUUUUCUUCAUCCUACCGAUGCGAGUUUGAGUGGAUACGCCAAUGAAGUUCUUGGUACCACGCCUGGUGGUGUUGCUGAGCCGGUACAUGGGUUUGCUGAUGAUGAUGACGAUGCGGAGGCAUCUGUUGAUCCGUCUGCCCAGUUGGAGACGAGGAAGAGGGCAAGGACGGAGAAAUCUGUAAGAAAGGAAGGGAAGAAAGAGGGUGGAGCUGCUGGAUCUUCUCGCCCUGGGGAGGUGCGUCAAGGGUCUGAUCCUGACGAUAAAGCUACUUUAACUGAGCACAUGAAGAAGAAGGCUCUUGAUGAUCAUAAGCGUCAUCUUGAUGAACAAGCUGCUGCCCUUCUUGCGGCCAAGAAGGCCAAGCUUCAGAAGGAUGCCCCCCCAGCCCCUUCUGAAUCUGAGGUUGAUUUGGGUGUAUUUAGUGGGGGUCGAGGGAAUUUGUUGGAGAAGAUUUUUGAGGCUUCUGCUUCCCGGCCUGGUAACUUAGUUUCUGCGUAUGUUUCUGUCAUCUUUCAUUUUGUCUUUUUUGCUAAUUGUAAUUUUGUGGCAGAAUCUAAGACUAGCAAGAAGCCGCGGCCAGUGGAUAUUUCUCAGAUUACUCCACCUACCUCUCCUCCUUCGAGGACUGUUGGCUUGACCCCUCCUCGAGAUGAUGCUGAUGUAACUGUGAAGGGCGGUGAAGGGUUUGAAGGUAUAUUUGAGGGAGGUGACGCUGCUGGUGGUGAUGUUGGCGGUGAUGCUGGUGGAGUUGAUAAGGGUAAAGGUAUUGAAGUGGAGAUGGAGUCUAGUGAGACUACUCCACAACAAACCAUUUACACAAAACGUCCUCCCGUUGAAGGUGGAGCCACUUCUGGCUUUGUGCGGAGUCCGCACUUUGAACAAAAUCCUGGUGAUUCCUGGGGUAACCCGGCUUGCGAUGAUUUGCCGCACGUCCCCCGUUGGGGCCUUACUCAGGGCUCCCGCAUGAAUGAUUUGCAGAACUGUCAGGAGUUCUUCUCAUUAUCCCUUCCUCCUGCCGAGAGGAUGUUUCAGAAAAACCGCAGCCGCUUUGCCCUUAUAGAUGAUCAUGUUACGGCUGGGGUUAACUUCUUUGCCACCUCUCAGGAGAUUCUUCGUGAGUGGCGUUCUAUGGGAGAAGAAACUAUGGCGUUUGAGGAGGCCAAGAAGGCAUUUGCUGGAGAGAAGGAAAAAUUUAACACAGAGCAGAAGGGUCUGCAAUGGCGGGUUACUGAGGCUGAGCGGAAAUUUGAAGAGCAGAAACAGUUAAACGAGCAAAAACAAAAGGAUUGGGAGUCGGCAUGUGCUCGUACGAACGUGGAGAUGCAGUCGCAGCGUGAUGCUAUUGUGCGGCUGUCCGGUGAGAAGACUGCUCUCGCGGAAGAGGCGCAUCAAGCGCGUCUUGCGGCGGAGAAGAAGGAAAAGGACGAAGACUUCGGAAUGUGA